CGGAGUUUACUUGUCAUUUGACAGAUUGCGUCUUAUCAGAAUAGUAAUUGGUGAUAUAUCUCACUCCAAUUAGUUUUGUACUUUGUCCGUGGGUGUUCCGGAAUGCCAGACAUUAAAAUCACCCAGCAUAUGCUUAAUAAUAUCGAAUACGAUCGUGAUUCCUUUGUGCAAAGUGAAAAAGUGUCUGGAAUGGCUGACGUUGGUUGCAAAUGCACACCAACAAUUUUAAUAGUUGGUGAUAAAGCGGAUCUAAAUGCUGCCGCUUAUCAUUUAGCACAAUCAUUGCAGUCCCCUUUAGCUGCUGAAGUUAUAACUACUGUGCUAGUGGCUGAGUCGAUCCGUAAACCAUUUUUGGAGCGCUUACAGCCGCAACUCAAAGCGAUUUCGGCUGAAGUUGCGCAGGACGUACAACGAAAUAGAGCUUUGGCUUUGAUAAACGAACACAGCUGGGAGACCAUUUCUAUUGACGAGUUGGGAGACAAUUCACCGGUGUUGGUUUGCGACGUGACCCAUGAGCAUCUGGGAACCGGUUACAAUGGAAUUGUCACGUUACACACUUUUCGCACUGUACAGGAAGCCAUUAGCUUGUGUGGAAAAGAAACGUUAAAAGCCGUUAACGUAUCCAUUUGGACAGGUCAUCAUGCAAGUGCCUACGAAAUAGCAUUAAAGAUUGCUUGCGAUAAUGUGUUUAUUGACUGUCAUCAAAUAUCUUUGGAACCAUUGCAAAAAUCUUCUUCAUCUUCUAGUAACGGAUCUUGUGCAUUGGUUGAAAACAAUUAUCACUACGAAACACUAAUAUUAAAGAAUGGAAGGAAAAAUAUUGUAUUCCCAAUUGGAACCGCUAUUACCAACUAAAAGAUAUGCGAGCCACAUGAUGGCAGCUCUGAUGUUGCCUUGGAUAUGGUAUUUGUAAUUGCUGUUGUUUUUUGUAAUUUUGUAAUUAACUUUUAACGAUCCACAAAUAUAAAUAAAUUUUGUA